AUGUCUUUUAAAAAUUAUAUUAUUGUUGGAGGAGGUAUAUCCGGAUUGACUACAGCAUGGUGUUUAGCUCGUUAUGCACCUUCAACAACAAAAAUAACAUUAUUAGAAGCAUCAAAUAGAUUUGGUGGAUGGAUAGAAAGCAAAAGAGUUGGAAAUCAUCAAAUACUUUUUGAGCAAGGGCCAAGAACUAUUAGACCUGCAGGAAUAGGAGGUUUAUUGAUAUUAGAUAUGACAAAUAAAUUAAAUUUAACAUCAUCAAUACUUUCAGUAACAAAAUAUGAUCCAUCAGCAAUAAAUAGAUUCAUUUAUUAUCCAGACAAACUUGUCAAAUUGUCAAGUUCAUCAGUGCUAUCUCACAUUAAAACAUUAAUAACCAAUAAAUUCAUGUGGAAAAUAAUAAUUGGAAUAAUACAAGAGCCAUUUAUACCUAUGAUAUCUAAAGAAAUUUCUGAUGAAAGUAUCGAGGCAUUUAUUACAAGAAGACUUGGUUCAACUGCUUCCCAAGUCUUGAUGAGUUCUUUAGUACAUGGCAUUUAUGCAGGUGACGUAAUUAAUACUACAAUGUUUUCUGAUGAGCUUGAUAAAAUGCUAUAUGAUAACAUGGUUGAAGAAAAUAAAGAGAUCUUUAAUUUUGUAUCUGGAAUUAGCUUGUUUUCAUUUAAGAAUGGAAUUGAAGAAUUUGUCGAUGCCAUUGUUAAGGAUUUACAAACCAAAGAAAAUAUAGAAAUUAAAACUGGUCAUGAAGUAAAAGAAAUGGUGUUUGGAAAUGAUUGUGUUGAAGUUCAUACAAAUAAAGAAUCCAUUUGCUCUGAUCAUGUUAUUAGCACCAUUCCAUCAAAUAUUCUUUAUGAUAUACUUCCAAAAGACUAUAAAUUUUCGCAACUUAAAUAUAACCCAUCAGUAUCAGUAGCCAUAGUAAAUUUUUCAUAUGAUCAACCUAAUAUUUUACCUGUAAAAGGAUUUGGAUAUUUAAUACCAAAAUCAACACAAAACAAUCUCCAUAAUGUAUUAGGGGUGGUUUUUGAUUCAUGCACAAUGCCAUAUCAGGAUGAACUAUUCAACAACUUUACAAAAUUGACUGUAAUGAUGGGUGGUCAUUAUUAUAAUGAUAACUUUGAUAAUCAACAAAAGCUUUUUAGUGAGGAGGAAUUAUUAAAUCAAUCAUUGGAAAUUUUAGAAAAUCAUUUAGGUAUUUACAACACACCUGCUGAUUACUCAGUUAAAUUAGCAAGAAAUUGCAUACCACAAUAUUAUGUAGGUCACUAUGAUAGAAUGAAAGAAUUACAUUAUGAGAUAAAAUCUAAAUUAAAAAAUAGAUUAAGUGUUGGUGGUGCUAGUUAUUGGGGUGUUAAAAGUUGA